AUGGCUGCUGCCUUCUCCUCCACCGUCGGUGCCCCGGCUUCUACGCCGACCAACUUCCUCGGGAAGAAGCUCAAGAAGCAGGUGACCUCGGCCGUGAACUACCAUGGCAAGAGCUCCAAGGCCAACAGGUUCACAGUCAUGGCAGCGGAAAACAUCGACGAGAAGAGGAACACAGACAAGUGGAAGGGUCUUGCCUACGAUAUCUCCGACGACCAGCAGGACAUCACCAGAGGGAAGGGCAUCGUGGACUCCCUCUUCCAGGCGCCCACGGGCGACGGCACCCACGAGGCCGUCCUCAGCUCCUACGAGUACGUCAGCCAGGGACUCAAGAAGUACGACUUCGACAACACCAUGGGAGGCUUCUACAUCGCUCCUGCUUUCAUGGACAAGCUUGUUGUCCAUCUCUCCAAGAACUUCAUGACCCUGCCCAACAUCAAGAUCCCACUCAUCUUGGGUAUCUGGGGAGGCAAGGGUCAAGGAAAAUCCUUCCAGUGUGAGCUUGUCUUCGCCAAGAUGGGCAUCAACCCAAUCAUGAUGAGUGCCGGAGAGCUGGAGAGUGGCAACGCCGGAGAGCCAGCCAAGCUCAUCAGGCAGCGGUACCGUGAGGCUGCAGACAUGAUCAAGAAGGGUAAGAUGUGCUGCCUCUUCAUCAACGAUCUUGACGCCGGUGCGGGUCGGAUGGGCGGGACCACACAGUACACCGUCAACAACCAGAUGGUGAACGCCACCCUCAUGAACAUCGCCGAUGCCCCCACCAACGUGCAGCUCCCAGGCAUGUACAACAAGGAGGAGAACCCUCGUGUGCCCAUCGUCGUCACUGGUAACGAUUUCUCAACGUUGUACGCCCCUCUCAUCCGUGAUGGUCGUAUGGAGAAGUUCUACUGGGCUCCCACCCGCGACGACCGUAUCGGUGUCUGCAAGGGUAUCUUCCAGACCGACAAUGUCAGCGACGAGUCCGUCGUCAAGAUCGUCGACACCUUCCCAGGACAAUCCAUCGACUUUUUCGGUGCUCUGCGUGCUCGGGUGUACGACGACGAGGUGCGCAAGUGGGUGACCUCUACCGGUAUCGAGAACAUUGGCAAGAAGCUUGUGAACUCGCGGGACGGACCAGUGACCUUUGAGCAGCCAAAGAUGACAGUCGAGAAGCUGCUAGAGUACGGGCACAUGCUCGUCCAGGAGCAGGACAAUGUCAAGCGUGUGCAGCUUGCUGACACCUACAUGAGCCAGGCAGCUCUGGGUGAUGCUAACCAGGAUGCGAUGAAGACUGGUUCCUUCUUGCAGGUAAAGGGGCACAGCAAGGUACUUUGCCUGUGCCGGCAGGAUGCACCGACCAGACUGCCAAGAACUUCGACCCAACGGCGAGGAGUGACGACGGCAGCUGCCUUUACACCUUUUAAGCAUGCCAAUUUAAUAUCUGAUAUUUUUAUCCUUUGUACCUAA